AUGAACAAAAAAGCAAAUUUUGACAUCUGUAUAAUAUGCAAUCGAUGUCGAUGUGAGUUUUACAGGGAGCAAAGAGCAGAGGCAACAAAACCUGAAGCAUCAUCUGUACAAAUGGAAGGCCAUGAUUUGCAAACAUCAAAACCUUGUCUUGCAAGUCCAAAGCGAAUAUGCUUAUCAAUCCCUCGGACUAGUUUGUCCCAUAAUAAGUGCCAGUUUUGCAAAGGCACUGACGAUUUGAAGAACAUCAGCAAAGAGAUAAGGCUGAAAACAUUUAUUGAUAGUGGGACGUUGAUUCCUGAUGGGGCGAGAUGUUGCAAGCGUCACCUUACAGAUGAUGGGGUCAAUGCUGACGUAAUGAAAAGGCUGUUGCCAACAUCAGAUUUUACUAAUUUCAAUAGAACUGAAAUUACAAGCAUGCUAAAUAGCUUGAGGGAGAAAUGCAAAGAGAGAACAAAUGGUGUAGACUUUGACGAUCAAGCAGCACUGUCUGAUGAAGAUUAUUACAAUUUGACCGGCGUUACCAAGGCUCAGUUUGACACACUUUGCUCUUACUUGACCCCACUUAGAGACUCUAAUAACAGGUCAUCAAGAACAUGCUUGGCUUUGUUAUUGACAAAAUUAAGAACUGGAAAUUCAUUAAGUUUUCUAAGCAGUAUGUUUCAAAUCAAAAAUAAAAGUGUCAUUUCAAGAUCUAUUGCAAGUGCAAGGAAUGCCUUGAUGGAACAUUUUGUUCCCAGGUAUUUAGGAUUUGAACACAUUACAAUGGAAGAUUUUAUUUCAGAGCACACAAGACCCUUUGCUCAACAUCUUCUUGCAGAUGGGAAACAAAUUGCUAUUCUUGUAUUAGAUGGGACAUAUGUUUAUAUCCAAAAGAGUGGUAAUUACUCAUUUCAAAGACAAACAUUCAGCGGACAUAAACAUAGACCACUGGAAAAGCCAAUGAUGAUUGUUGGUACUGAUGGGUACAUUCUUGCUGUUUUAGGGCCUUAUCUAGCCGAUGGACGGAACAAUGAUGCGGCAAUUUUAAAGAGCAUCAUUAAACAAAAUGUAGAUGAAAUCCAGACUUGGCUAGAGAGAGAUGACCUUUUAGUUGUUGACAGGGGCUUCCGGGAUUCAAUUGGGUUUCUCGAUUCUCUUGGAAUCAACAGUGAGAUGCCAGAUUAUCUUUCUCGAGGUUCCAAACAACAUACGACAGAGGAGGCAAACCACUCCCGAUGUGUCACAAAGGUAAGAUGGGUUGUGGAGUCCGCGAAUGGUCGAAUAAAAAAAUGGAAAGCAUUAGAUCAGGUAUUUCCAAACUGCCAAAUCAAAUGGAUAGGUGAUUCUGUAAGAAUAGUAUGUGCUAUUGUCAAUGCUUUCCGGCCACCUUUGGUAUGUGAAGAAAACAAUGACAUCGCUCUUGCAAACACAAUGAAAGUCCUCUCACGUACUUCAAAUGAGUUACAAAAACGGGUCGAAAAGGAAAAGUUAGCCAGUAGACGAGUAGUGUGGACUGAAAUGUCCCAGGAUUGCUUGCAGAACUUUCCACGUUUGACUGAAAUUGACUUAAGAACGUUAACUCUCGGAGUGUACCAAAUAACCCAGGCAAAAUCUUAUACCCAGGAACACUUGUCUCCAGAUGGAACUUAUAGCAUAUCAAUUCACAAAGAUGAUGCUGGUUUGCUGAGGGCAAGAAUUCAGUCACGUCAUGUUUCAGCAAAAAGAUAUUUUCUGUGGAUAUCAUUUGAUGAAACUAGCACACCCCCAAUUACUGGAUGGUAUUGUCAAUGCAAAGUAGGCGCGAGAACGGUCGGUUGUUGUGCACAUAUCGCUGCAGUCAUUUGGUACCUGGGAUUUCAACGUCACAGUGUCGAUAGGCUUCUGACCCCGACCGACUACAAAGAAUUUAUUCUAGAUGCUCCAGACACAGACUGGGAUUCAGAUGAUGAAUCUCUAGAAUAA